AUGGCAGCUGGCCGGCUCCUGCUGUACGCCGGCCUCUCCCUGGCCCUGUGCGCCCUGGCCAUGCUGGCGGUGGCCAUCUGCUCCGACCACUGGUACCAGACCGACGCCAGGAGGCACCGGGAGCGCUGCAAGAACUACGCCAGCCGCACCAACCACCCGGGCUUCAUCUACACCUCCAACAACCUGCCCCUCCGCGCCAGCCGCCGCCAGCUCGACCGCUGGGAGGAGAAGCUGCUCGGGACCAGGAACCGGCGCCAGCUGUUCGCCCUGAGCGCCGCCGAUGAGUGCAGCCGCAUGUACAACUCCACCAAUACCGGCCUCUGGAUGAAGUGUCACCGGCUGGGAUUUGACGAGGAUAUCGCGGAACUGAUCGCCAAAGGUGUGAUAAACAGGUGUACACCAAUCAAAUAUCACUACUCCUCAGCAAUCCUUCCGAAAAAUCUUUCAUACAACAUCACGAAAACCAUCCGGCAAGAUGAGUGGCACUCCCUGCAUCUGCGUCGGAUGACAGCUGGAUUCAUGGGAAUGGCAGUGGCCAUCAUCCUGUUUGGGUGGAUAAUCGGGAUCUUGGGUUGCUGUUGGGAUCGGGGCCUGAUGCAGUAUGUGGCUGGCUUGCUGUUCCUGAUGGGAGGGACCUUUUGCAUCAUCUCACUGUGUACCUGCGUCGCUGGAAUUAACUUUGAACUCUCCCGCUACCCGAGAUACCUGUACGGUCUCCCUGACGACAUCAGUCAUGGCUACGGCUGGUCCAUGUUCUGCGCCUGGGGAGGUCUCGGGUUGACACUCAUCGCUGGUUUCUUCUGCACGUUGGCACCGUCCGUCCAAACCGUCCCCAGGACGAGCUACCCGAAAUCAAGACCGGAAAAUGGCACAGUAUGCUAA